CCGCAGUGGCUAAAAGGGCGGCCCCGAGAGCAGCCCCGCGGGACGUUAGCGCGCCCGGCCAGCCGGGAGAGAAACUCGCAGGAGCCCGGCACCGCUGACACCAUCUACCAGCUGAGGCCUGGCUCCGACAGCUACACCAGGGGAAUGCCCCUUUCGGGAUCACCUGCCAGGGCUGCUGCUGCCUCCGGGACCCAGGCCCAGUAUGGGUUACGGUGGUGAACUGUACAGAAGAAACAGAGAUGCAGGGAAGUUAAGUGACGUGCCCGUGGUUUCCCAGCAGGCCAAUGGCAGAAACAGGAACAGACCCCCAAGACCUAAUUAUCUCAUUAGCUGAUCUCACACAAACUCCAGUGUGGGUUGUAUGCAUACAAUGGAUUAUUAGGUUCCACAUCUCCUUAUUCCUAGCCCAGUGCUUUGUGGCCCCUGCUGCACCUGAGAAGAGGCACAAAGCCUGUGUAGAAAAGAUUUGCUCUGUCAGUCAAGUCCCUGACUGCUGUGGGAGGAGCUCCUGUAGAGGAGGCUGUGUAGCUGGGAUGCUGAGACUGAGGAUGGAGCUGCAAGGAGCCAGACAAGCAGAGGCGGCUCAAAGCAACUCCAUCGCAGCCGGCUGCUGAAACUGAAGAGAGGGAGAGAAAGGAUUGCAGGCGCCGGAGAAGCUGCAGCCCCCAGAUUCCUGCUCGCUCCCCGCCGGCGAACUCUAAGGAAUGAAAGCUUUCCAGGCAGACCUGCUGCUCCUCUGCUUCUUGCUGCUCAGCCAAGAACUGGGUCUCCCGAGAAGAGGAUGCUGCCUGGUCCUGGGGUUCAUGUACAAGGAGAAGUAUCGGCGAAUGACUGAAGGCCAAGCAUCUUCCUUUACGCAGCAGCCUCAAGAUCAGGUGGUGAUAGCCGGACAGCCCGUGACUUUGCUGUGUGCAAUCCCCGAGUACAAUGGCAUUGUGCUGUGGAUUAAAGAUGGACUCGCCCUAGGAGUAGGCCGGGAUCUCUCAAGCUAUCCGCGCUAUUUGGUUGUGGGGGACCAUUUGUCAGGAGAACACCACCUGAAAAUCCUGAGGGCAGAUAUCCAAGAUGAUGCUGUUUACGAGUGCCAGGCCAUUCAGGCGGCCAUCCGAUCCAGACCAGCCCGGCUGACUGUUCUUGUUCCUCCAGAUGACCCAGUAAUUACUGGGGGCCCGGUCAUUAGCCUGAGAGCUGGGGAUCCCCUGAACCUGACCUGCCAUGCCGACAACGCCAAACCAGCAGCCUCCAUCAUCUGGAUGCGGAAUGGAGAAGUGAUAAAUGGAGCCACCUACUCCAAGACACUUCUCCGAGAUGGCAAGAGGGAGAGCAUCGUGAGCACCCUUUUUAUUGGCCCCUCCGACAUCGAGAAUGGGCAGAACAUCAUCUGCCAGGCCACCAACAAAGCCAUUCCCAGCGGGAAGGAGACGUCCGUCACCAUCGACAUACAGCACCCACCUCUCGUCAACUUGUCCGUAGAGCCGCAGCCAGUGCUUGAGGACAACACAGUGAAGUUUCACUGCUCUGCCAAGGCUAACCCAGCAGCAACCCAGUACAGAUGGGCAAAAAAAGGUCAAGUUAUAAAGGAAGCAUCGGGUGACUCCUAUGAGACCAUUGUGGACCACACCUUCUUCUUUGAGCCAGUAUCCUGUGAGGUGACCAAUGCUUUGGGCAGUACCAACAUCAGCAGGACGGUGGAUGUCUACUUUGGUCCCAGGAUGGCAACAGAACCGCAGUCCCUCCUUGUCGACCUGGGGUCAGAUGCCGUGUUCAGCUGCGCUUGGACUGGGAACCCAUCACUGACCAUCGUCUGGAUGAAGCGGGGCUCAGGCGUGGUCCUGAGCAACGAGAACACAUUAACAUUAAAAAGUGUCCGCCAGGAGGAUGCGGGGAAAUACGUCUGCCGAGCAGUGGUUCCGCGGGUGGGCGCCGGUGAACGGGAGGUGUCUCUGACUGUCAACGGCCCUCCCAUCAUUUCCAGCACUCAGACGCAGCACGCCCUGCAUGGGGAGAAGGGACAGAUCAAGUGUUUCAUCCGCAGCACCCCUCCGCCAGACCGAAUCGCCUGGUCCUGGAAGGAGAACGUGCUGGAGUCUGGGACCUCAGGGCGCUACACGGUGGAGACGGUCAGCACAGAGGAAGGCGUCAUCUCGACGCUGACCAUCAGCAACAUUGUCCGAGCCGAUUUCCAGACCAUUUACAACUGUACCGCCUGGAACAGCUUCGGCUCAGACACUGAGAUCAUCCGGCUGAAAGAACAAGGUACGGAAAUGAAAUCAGGAGCUGGUAUGGAAGCAGAGUCGGUGCCGAUGGCGGUGAUCAUAGGCGUCGCUGUGGGGGCCGGCGUGGCAUUCCUGGUGCUGAUGGCCACCAUCGUAGCCUUCUGCUGUGCACGCUCGCAGAGAAAUCUGAAAGGCGUGGUUUCAGCCAAGAACGAUAUCCGCGUAGAGAUUGUACACAAGGAGCCUGCCUCAGGCAGGGAGACAGAAGAACACCCGACUAUCAAGCAGCUCCUGAUGGACAGAGGUGAGUUCCAGCAGGAUUCUGUCCUCAAGCAGCUGGAGGUGCUCAAGGAGGAGGAGAAGGAGUUCCAGAACCUGAAGGACCCCACCAAUGGCUAUUACAGCGUGAACACCUUCAAGGACCACCACUCCACCCCCACCAUCUCCCUCUCGGGCUGCCAGCCGGACCUGAGGCCCGCCAACAAGCAGCGGGUGCCCACGGGCAUGUCCUUCACCAACAUCUACACCACCCUGAGCGGGCAGAACCGGCUCUACGACUACAGCCAGCGCUUCGUGCUUGGCAUGGGCAGCAGCUCCAUCGAGCUGUGCGAGCGGGAGUUCCAGCGGGGCUCCAUGAGCGACAGCAGCUCCUUCCUCGACACGCAGUGCGACAGCAGCGUCAGCAGCAGCGGCAAGCAGGAUGGCUACGUCCAGUUCGACAAGGCCAGCAAGGCCUCGGCCUCCUCCUCCCACCACUCACAGUCCUCGUCCCAGAACUCAGACCCCAGCCGGCCCCUGCAGAGGAGAAUGCAGACGCACGUGUGAGCGGCUGGGACGUGGCCAGCAGCGGGGGGUGGGCGGGGACAGAUGGCCACGGGCCGAGGCUUUGGAUACUGGGGAGCCCCCAGCAGCUGGGAGCUGCAGAAGUGAUCUUGGCCCAAGCUUUAUUCUAGUUCUCAUGAGUUUAUUUUCCAAAGCACUUUUGUCCACAGUAAAACGACACCCCCUGGCUCCUGUGGGGUGCCUGGGGGAGGGAGGGGUGUCUUGGACCGCUCUCCCCCCCCCCUCCAACCUCUGAAGACUUGCAGUCUCCUUCCUAGCCCCAUGGGGCAAUGUCUAACCUGGGACCAUUGCGGGGCGGGGAGACUACAGCAGCCAAGACCAAACCGAUUCAAGCACAAACCACGGGGAAGGCUGGACCUGGAGACUGGCACUGUGGGGAGGGGAAGGGGCGCGCCUUGCCGUGACCUUGGCACCCAGCGCCCCCAGUCCCCCACCAGGAACCGGAAGCCUCUUCCAGGGCAUUUUCCUCCGUGCCCCCUUCGGGGAGAGAGACGCCUUCCACGCGUGCCCUGAAGAGUGCCAGGAGCCCUGCAGCACUCAGUGCACCCCUCUAGAGUUUUGUUUGGGCCAAGAACCACCCCGUGCCCACGGCCCCUCCUCACAUGAGCCUUUCAGCACUUACUUCACUUAACAAGAACUGUCCGCGUCCGUCAGGCACAGGGGCAGCUUCCCACUGGCCCAGGGGCUAGCAGCACGGUGGCCUCCCCUCACACGCUGACAGGGCCACACUGCUACAGCCCGUUGGUUCCCCCCGCAACACCUCGCCUUUCCUCUCCUCUGCAAGCCCUCCCACGGGGGCUGCUCUCCCUCUGGGAAGCCGACGAGGGAGUCGGCUCAGAGGUCUUCCCCCAGCGCCCUUCCUCUGACUUCCGUUGCAUUGCCACAGGACGACGCUCCAGGGAGCUUGCAUCUCAGACCCAUCGCCACACGCGACCCCAUGACUCUGAGCCGUGUUUUCUGACCACGAGAGGGCGUGGCUUCAUUUAAGACAGCGCAACAGAAACAUAACAGGCGGUGGUGUAACAUAGGCGCACUGACGCUGCUAAAUCUGGUUCUCUUAUGUCAUUUGGUGUUCAGUGUCCAUCAUAUUACAGUGUGUCUGGGGACUGACACAGCGCGAGGGGGCCAGUCCUGCUGCUCCACAGCAGUUGUCACGCACCGGGGACUCUGCCAUGAGCCAGGAACGGUUGUUGGACACAGCGUGGUGGAGGACUGUCUCCAUCUGAGUUAGGUAUGACAGUCACAGAGGACCCUCCCAAAGCGGGGGGGCACGCCAACAGCGAGCAAUCUCUUACUGCUGCCUGUGUAUAACCCCAAUAGCACAACUGGAAGAUUAAUACAAGCGGUGUAACAAGCUCCUCUGCGUCUGGGCCCUUUCAGGUUAUAUCAAAUAAACGUGUCCGUUCCGGGAGGGCACCUACACCCAAUUUCACUCUGCUUCUGUGCUUUCAAAAUGGAGUCUCCUUAGGGCAGGCCUUGCUGAUCCCGGCUGGGCCAGAUUUGAUACGGUCAUUGCCAGCGUGACAAUCUCAUGCCAAUAGGCCGGAGUGUGAGGUUGAUUUAGCUGCGGGGAUCUGGCCCGGCCCGUUGUUCUCAUUUAACUUUCAUAUUACAGGGCUUUGGCCCCAGCGUGCUGGGCGCUGUAUGAACACAUAGAGGCUCUGAGGCAGAAUUUGGGGGAGGUGGGGGAAUUCAGGCCCACCCUAGGUCUGGACUCACAUUAACACAUCAGAGGCCAUGGGGCACUUCAGAAGGGUCAGAGGUUUAUUGCUAUGCUGGUAACGGAGCAGAACUUGAUCCAUUUAUACUACUGAGCCAUAUUUAUUAUGGUAGGAUCUAAGGCCUCCCGUUGGACAGGGCACUGCCCAAACAGAAUAAGAGACCAGACCAGCCCCUAAAAUCUUGCAAUCUAGAUUAAAAAUUAAUUCUAGAUGAAAAAUCCUCCCUUGUUGUCAGUAAAACAGCUCUGUUUACUAAAACUGAGGC